GUAAUUGUAAAAAUGUUGAAAUUUAUUUUAUUAAUUACAAUUUUUAUAAUUGUUGUUGGAGCACUUGAUCUUAAUCGAUUGAACAAAGGUCUUAUAGAACCGAGCAGCGUUAGUUACGAUAUAGAAAAUUCUAAACAACUAUUUGAAGAAUUUAUUGAAAAAUAUAAUAAAAAAUAUGAUCGUAAUGAAUACGAUCAUCGCUAUGAAAUCUUCGUUAAAAACCUUGAAGGAAUAAAUGAGAAUAAUAAGAAUAGUAAAUCGGCUAUACAUGGUGUUACAAAGUUCGCAGAUUUGACACAUGAGGAAUUUACAGCUAAAUAUACAGGUUUUGCUAUUAGUGGACGAAGGUCUGAUUUUGAUAAUACGACAAUUGAAGUUGAGACUCUAUUAGAUAGUAUGGAAGCUCCGGAAGAAUUCGACUGGCGAGAUAAAAACGUGGUGACUGAAGUCAAAGAUCAAUCUACUUGUAAUUCUUGCUGGGCGUUCAGUGCUACUGGUCUUACAGAAAGCCAAUACGCUAUAAAAUAUUCAGGAUUGCUUUCGUUGUCGGAAAAGCCGAUGAUCGACUGCUGGCCUAAGAGCGGCGGUUGUGAAAUAGGAAAUACCCCACAUGCAGGAAUUAAUGCUGCAGCUGAAAUGGGCGGUUUUAUGUUGGAAAGUGAUUAUCCAUACGCACCACAAGUAGAUAAUUGUUCGUUUCAAAAGGACAAAGUGGCAGUGCGAGUUAAGCGUGGUUACCAAGUAACAGUCAAUGAUGAGGAGCAACUUAAGCGGUUGAUUCAUCAAAAAGGUCCCGUUUCCAUCGCAUUAUACGCGUAUAGAGGAUUUAGCACUUACAGUGGUCAGAUAAUGGAUGGUUCAAAAUGUCCGGCUAGUGCGAGUGCCAAUCAUGCCAUGCUCAUCGUGGGUUAUGGUGUUGAGAAUGGAACACCUUAUUGGAUAAUAAAGAACUCUUAUAGCACGCACUGGGGAGAUAGAGGAUACCUGAAGCUAAUUAGAGGAGUAAAAGCUUGUGAUCUACUAUCCUAUGUAGCUAUGGCUGAAGUCGAAUGAGUUAUAUUUAAAAUAUAACGAUAUAUAUUUCAACAUUCCUUGAAUUGUUU